GUGCGAUCUUCUCUAGGAUUAGAGCACUUCCGGUGUGCGCAUUGUGUGUGCGCACUGUAUAUGCGCAACAUGUCUGCGCAGUGCGUCUGAAAUCAGAUGUAGCGACCGAGAUUGACGAAAAAAUACGAGUUUCGAUGAUGCGGAUUAUCGUAAAUCGAACGGGUACGAGAUGGACAUGGAGACGAAGCUGAGCAAUUUUCUCUCAAUGACACCAAUGAUAAGGAAUAAUGCACUCAUAAUUGGACGAAACGUAGAAUGUCGAUGGGCUUAUAAUAUAUGUCAGCGAUGUUCCUGUUUGUCUAUCCCAAGAUUUCUGUGUUCUCAGAUCUUGUAAAUCUUGGACCGUGCUUGCAACGAUCUUGCGAACGAUCCAUGUUACUCGGCUAGGCGUAUCAUCCCUUGUCGCAUUUACAAGGUAAAUAAACUGUGUAGCUGUAGCUGUGUAGCUUUUGCGCAGCGAAAAAAAUUGUGGGACAAAUACAAGGCGAAAUCUCGCAAACACAGACCCUCGAUGGUCGUCUCGACGGACAUCAGUUACGGGACGCACGUUUGCAUGAAAAACAGUCCAAUGUACCAACCGGGAGCGAUCGGCUUCACCAUCGCCAACGGCUUUCCUAAGGUCAGUCAGCUGCUCUUGGCCGCCUGGAACCUCGAUUCAACUUACCGUUUUAAAAUUUUGCCCGCUGGGUCUCUCCACACCGGAGAAUCUGUCGAUAAAUGCGAAUCCAAUGGAAACGCCAGUGCCAGCGGCAGCAGCAAAUCGAACCACAAGGAAACCGCAGAUCAUUUGGACAUGCUGCCGCCUCCUUCGCCGGCCUCGAGCACGUGCAGCGAUACCGGAAGCAUCACCACGAGUCACAAACGCGAGAAAUGUAUGACCCCGAGGAGCGACGGUGAGACGGGUUCGAUGACACCACACCGGCAACGCCAUUGGCCACGGCACCUCAUCAGACGUCGAUAUUGA